AAUUUGUAUACACGUGUUUAUUGUUAGAUUGUGUCAAAGACGUGCUUAUUGUAAUAAGUAAUGGCAAAAGGACGGAAACAUAAGCCGAAGAAGAAUUUCGCGGAAAAACGCCGUGAAAAACAGAAGAAAAAAGACGAGUGGGACCAUGCACCACAUCAUAGCUAUGAAGAUAUCAUUAGAGAAAAUAAGGAUUUUGAAAAUUAUUACAAAACCCAGGGAAUUGUUCCUGAAGACGAAUGGGAUUCGUUUAUGAAUACCAUGAAAAAGAAUCUUCCAGUUGCAUUUCGUAUUACUGGAUCAAAAUCAGAGGCUAAAGCAUUACUUAAUACUAUUAAAGGAGAUUUUUUUAAGGAAAUCUUAAAUACAAGGCUGAAUGACAAAACAGAGAAUAAUGAGGAGGCAAAGGAUAUAUUACGGUGCCUACCAUUUUAUCCAGAUGGAUUAGCUUGGCAGUUACAAUUAACCAGGAAAGAUAUUAGAAGAUCUGAAGCAUACUUUAGGUUACACAAUUUUUUAAUUGUUGAAACAGAUUGUGGUGGUAUCAGCAGGCAAGAAGUGGUCAGCAUGGUACCUCCUUUAGUACUGGAUGUAAAACCUUCACACAAGGUUUUAGACAUGUGCGCUGCACCAGGUUCAAAGACAGCUCAGCUCAUAGAAAUGAUACAUUCCGAAGAAGGUGGUCCACUUCCAGAGGGUUUUGUAAUAGCUAAUGAUUUGGAUAAUAAUCGUUGCUACAUGCUUGUGCAUCAAGCAAAAAGAUUGAAUAGCCCAGUUAUUUUAAUUACAAAUCAUGAUGCUUCUGUGCUACCUAAUUUUACAUUUACAAAACCAGAUGGCACAACAGAAGUAUUAAGGUUUGAUAGAAUACUUGCAGAUGUACCGUGUAGCGGUGAUGGCACAAUGAGAAAAAAUCCAGACAUCUGGUGUAAGUGGAAUCCAGCAAAUGGCAACAAUCUUCAUGGAAUUCAAUAUAGGAUAGCGAGGAGGGGAUUGGAGCUAUUGGAAGUUGGAGGAAGAAUGGUAUAUUCUACUUGUUCACUAAAUCCAAUAGAAAAUGAAGCUGUCCUUCACAGGCUUCUUCUCGAAACUAAAGAUUCUGUCCGGAUAGUCGAUGGUAGAGAUUUUGUACCCGGAUUAGUAUGCGACCCAGGUGUAUCAUACUGGUUACCAGCAUCGAAAGAUUUACAAUAUUAUAAAUCUUGGGAAGAUGUGCCAGAACAGUGGCAAACUCAAGUUCGACCGAAAAUGUUUCCUCCAAAACUAGAGGAUGCUUCAAAGUUUCAUUUUGAACGAUGUAUGAGGAUAUUGCCACACCAUCAAGAUACAGGAGGUUUCUUUGUUGCUGUUUUGGAGAAGGUAAAACCAUUACCAUGGGAAACAAUUAGAAAUAACGAUAUCUGUGAUUCUAAAGAAGUCAAGGAAGAAUUAAGUUUAGAAGAAGAAGCUGAGAAAGAAAAGAAGAAGGAUUUAGCACGUGGCAAAAGAUCAUUACAGGAUGAAGACAGACGAGAACCUACAAGAAAACAUAGAAAACGUGUUACUGGAUUCAGGGAAGAUCCGUUUGUGUUCUUCAAAGAUGAUGAGGAGGAUGUGUGGCUAUCUAUUAAAAACUUCUACAAUAUAACUGAUAAUCUAGAUCCGAAGUGUUUACUAGUUCGAAAUUUCGGUAGAAAAAAGAAGAAUAUCUACUUUACGUCGCCCGAGAUUCGCAAUGUUAUUAUAUCGAACGAAGAUAAAAUAAAAUUGAUAAAUACUGGAGUAAAGUCAUUUGUACGUUGUGAUAAUAAAAAUAUGGAUACCCCAUUCAGACUCGCGUGGGAGGGUUUGCGAACUAUUGUUCAAUAUAUCGGCGAUGCUAGAAAAGUUAGGUUAACUAAAGACGAUCUGAUAACGCUUUUACAAAAUAACAAUCCUACGGCACCGCCCGUUAUUGAAAAACUUGAUCCAGAAACGCAGAAACGUUUAGAAAAUUUCGGAACCGGUAGUUGUAUACUUGUGUACGAAGAAGAUGAGAUGGAGAAUUCGAACCCGCUAAAAUUACAAAUGGUGGGAUGGAGAGGUACUAUGUCUCUCAGAGCUUAUGUUCCUAUAAAUGAUGCAAUUCAUUAUUUACGCUUAUUAGGAGCUGAUUGCUCAAAAUUUGAGAAAAAUAAAUUCAAGGGGAAUCGAGACUCUCUUGCUCUCGAUAGAUUGAAUAAUGUGGAAGGCAGUAGUAAAUCGGAAGUUGUUGAAGAAGCGGAAGUCGCCAUUAACGAAGUUAGCGAAAAGGAACACGUUUCAAAAGAAGCUAGUAAUAAUGAAAUUACCGAGGAGGCGGGCGAUUUGAAUAAAGUUACUAUUAAUGAUAUCAAAAAAGAGGACAUUUCGAUCGAAGUUACCGAUGGUGAUUCUAAAAUGGAGAUUUCGAAGAAAGUUACUGAAAAGACGGAAAUUUUGAAGGAAGUUACCGUAAAGGAGGAAGUUACUGAACAGGACAUUUUGAAAGUCGUAAUCAAACAGGAGGAUAUUUUGACGGAAGUUACUGAAAAGGAAGACAUUUGGGAAUAAAUCAUAAACUAAAAAUUCCGGACGAAUCGAAAGAAUGACACUUAAUUUGAUAAUA